GGAAGCGGCGGGGCCGGGGGAAAAUGGCGCCCAGCUCGAAAUCGGAGCGCGGCGGCGCGGGGGCGAAGCGGGGCCCGGCGGGGGGGGGCGGCGGCUCGGCCGGGACCGGGACGCGGGGCCGCCGCGAGCACGUCGUGAGGCAGCUGGAGCGCGCCAGGCUGAGCGGGCAGCUCUCGCCGCGGCUCUUCCGGAAGUUGCCCCCCCGCGUCUGCGUCUCCCUCAAGAGCAUCGCGGAUGAGGCCUCGCUGGGGGCAGGGCACAUCUUCUUGGGUUUCUCCAAGUGCGGCUGUUACGUCCUCUCCUACACGAGCAGCGGCGGCGACGACGACUUCUCCUUCUACCUCUAUCACCUCUACUGGUGGGAGUUCAACGUCCACAGCAAACUGCGCCUGGUGCGGCAGGUGCGGCUCUUCCAGGACGAGGAGAUCUACAGCGACCUGUACCUCACGGUGUGCGAGUGGCCGGGCGACAGCCGCGCCAUCCUCGUCUUUGGCUUCAACACGCGCUCGGCCAACGGUCUCCUGGUGAACAUGAUGAUGAUGAGCGACGAGAACCACCGUGACAUCUACGUCAGCGCCGUGGCCGUGCCACCCCCCCAGCACUGCCCCGCCUGCCACGACGUUGCCCUCGCCCACCCCGGGGAGCGGCAGGUGCGGUGCCUGCGCCACGGCUUCGCGCUGCACACCAAGUUCCAGGUGGUGUACCCGUUCCCCACCUUCCAGCCCGCCUUUCAGCUCAAGAAGGACGGCGUCGUCCUGCUCAACACCAGCUUCUCCCUCGUCGCCUGCGCCGUCGCCGUCCACGGACCCGGCGACGGCGCCCCCUCGCAGAUCCUGUACCGGCGCCGGGGCGCACCGGGGGGCGCUCGCCGUGCCGGGGGGGCCACACCGCACCCCGAAGAGCCGGGGGAGCCGGGGGGGGCACCGGGGGGGCCGGGGGCCACGCAGCCGCGGGGCGGGGGGGGCGCCGGGCCCUCCCCGGCGGUGGCCAAAGCCAAGGAGUUCGUAGCCGACAUCUUCCGGCGCGCCCAGGAGGCCACGGACGGCGCGGUGCCCGCGGCCCCCCCCGCCUCACCGGGGCGCUGCCCCCCCCGGCCCCCCGGCCCCAGCGAGGCCCCCGCUGCCCCCCGCGCCCCCCCCGCGCCCCCGCCGCCCCCUGAGCCCGGCUACGUCAACUACACCAAACUGCGCUACGUGCUCGAGUCGCCCACCGCCGCGCCCGAGGCCCCGUGUCCCCCCGCAGAGCUGGAGGACGACAAGAUCUCGCUGCCCUUCGUGGUGACCGACCUGCGGGGGCGCAGCCUGCGGCCGCUGCGGGAACAGGCAACAGCACAGGGGCAGUUCCUGACGGUGGAGCAGCUCACGCUGGACUUUGAGUACGUCAUUAACGAGGUGAUCCGUAACGACGCCGCCUGGGCCCCCCAGUUCUGCUCCUUCAGCGACUACGACAUCGUCAUCCUUGAGGUGUGCCCCGAGACCGACCAGGUCAUCAUCAACAUCGGGUUGCUGCUGCUCGCCUUCCCCGCGCCCCAUGGCGAGGGGCAGCUGCGCCCCCGCCCGUACCACACCAGCCUCAAGGUGGCCUGGGACCUCGGCACCGGCACCUUCGCCACCGUCGGCGUCGGGGAGCUCAGCGAGGUCAAGGGGCAAACCAGCGGCAGCGUGUGGAGCCGGUACCGCAAGGGCUGCGUGGACACGGUGAUGCGGUGGCUGCUGCCCGAGGCGCCGGCGCGCUGCGUCAACCGCCUGACCAACGAGGCCCUGCACAGGGGCUGUUCGCUGAAGGUUCUGGCGGACGCCGAGCGCUACACGUGGAUUGUGCUGUAGGACCCCCCCUUCCUCCCCCCCCGAUUUUGGGGCCGUUUGGGGGUUUGUUGGGGUUUUUUAUUAUUCUCUUUUUUUUUUCCAU